CACGUGAUUUUUUUUUUUUUUUUUUUUUUACUGGGAAGAAGAACAUGGCGGACGUGGAAGCGGCGAAAUCGUUGAGCGGUCUGUUGAACGGAAUCGCUCAAAUGGUGUACUACAACAACAGGGACAUCACAGAGGAGCUGCUGCGAAGUGAACUGUACCCGGAAGUGUCGCAGGAGGAGUUUACGGCUUUAUACGGUAAAAUGAAAGGGAUGCUGAAGUCCCUGGCCACAGCGGACAUGGACCACAGCCAGCUGGAGGCCUUUCUCACAGCCCAGACCAAGAAGCACGGUGGCGGCGGGGUGAGCGCCGAGCAGGCCGCCGCCCUCUCCCGCUUCUGGAAGAGCCAGAGGGUCCGAGUGAGGGAGAGCCUGUUGGCUCAGAACAUCUGGGAGCCCGCACUCAGGGGCCUCUCCUGGAGGGURGACCUCCAGGCUGCCGACAGCCGUGGGAAAACGGAUCACAGCAGCCCGGUUGCUCUCAUGGAGCUGGAGCUCGGCAGAGCUGAACGGGACUCUGAGUUUGUGUGCCUGGAGUUUGACGAAGCCAAGGUUCAUCAGGUGCUGAAGAAGAUGACUGACAUCCAGGAGAGCAUCGACAGAAUUGUUCAUUAAACUGCUGCGGGAGAGUCGGACAGACUUGAUGAACCUCCAGAUGUGCUCUCCUGUGGUUGUUUUCACCUCCUUCAGCAGAAGCUCAGAGAAACUUUCUGACAUGGAAGUAUUUUGUCUAAUCUGCCUGGACACGUGGCAAACAGCAGAAAAUAAACACAGCUUCAUGUAAGGAAAAAAAAAACUAAACUCUGCUUUUACUGCUGUGUUCUCAUCAGGAAGAAACAUUUUAUUAUCUCAUUGACUCAACAGAAAUAUAUUUAGAUUCAGCUAAAAUAUGUGACCUAAUAAACUUUACUUUUGUUUUUUAAGAUGGUAAAAUUACCUGGUUAAAACUUGACUAAAAAUACAUAAAUAAUUGCAUUCAAUGGAAGAGUUUGUGACUGAUCGGUUCCAGCAGAAGUUUUGUGAAAUUUUCACGUUUACUUAAAUGUUUGUGUUGUUUUUUCCCCAGGUUCCUCAAUUGUUAAUUUCCACCAUACUUGUUUACGGGCAGACUUUGACCAGCCUAAUGUAGGUCAAGCCUAAUCUUUCAUGUGAUUUUCAGCAGAUUUAACCAAAUGUAUGUUGUUUACGUUGUGUACCCAUGUUUUGAAAUCACGUUAAAAAAAUCUCAAAAAGUACUUGAAAAAUUUA